CCAGCCAGCGCAGCUCAUCUUGUUCCGCACAACUUCGUCCAGGGCGAUUUGUUUUCGACAGAUGGCGUCGUCGACCAGUCCCCCGGACAUCACUGCGGAUGGAAAGCGUACAGCUCAGCACGAGGAGACGAUCUGGGAUCAGGACGUACACAAAGCAGCAGGACCGGGCCUUGCGGCGAGCGAUCAGGACGGUAGAGCCCUGGUGGAGUUCGAUCGCAAGGCCGAGUCUCGUCUCCGGCGAAAGAUCGACCUGUACAUCCUCCCGACCGUGGCCUUGAUAUACCUGUUCUGCUUCAUCGAUCGCGCCAACAUCGGUAACGCAAAGCUGGCCGGACUCGAAAAAGACCUCGGUCUGCAUGGCAACGACUACAAUGCGGUGCUGUCCGUCUUCUACAUCUCCUACAUCCUGUUCGAGAUUCCCUCCAACAUGGCUUGCAAGCUGAUCGGACCCGGCUGGUUUCUCCCCGCCAUAACCCUAGCCUUUGGCAUCUGCUCUCUCGGCACGGCAUUCGUUCAGAACAUCCACAGCGCGUCCGGGGUACGGUUCCUCCUCGGCGUCUUCGAGGCGGGGAUGAUGCCCGGAAUCGCCUACUACCUAUCCCGGUGGUAUCGAAGCCGGGAACUAGCCUUCUACCUGUCCAUCUACGUCGUGAUGGCGCCCCUGGCCGGUGCAUUUGGCGGACUGCUCGCCUCGGCGAUCCUCACCCUCGACCACUUCGGCAGUCUGCACACCUGGCGCAUGAUAUUCGCGAUCGAGGGAAUCAUCACGAUCGGACUAGGCCUCCUGGCCUUCGCCACCCUCACCGACCGUCCGCAGACAGCCCGCUGGCUGACCGCAUCAGAAAAAACCCUGGCCAUCGCGCGACUGAAAUGCGAACGGGUAGCCACCACCGAGAUCCUCGACCAGAUGGACGCGGCCAAGACGCUGCGCGGGAUCCUCAGCCCCGUCACCCUGACCACGGCAUUCAUCUUCCUCCUCAACAACAUCACGGUCCAAGGCCUGGCCUUCUUCGCCCCCACCAUCGUGCGCACCAUCUACCCGACCCGCACCGUCGUCGCGCAGCAGCUGCACACCGUGCCGCCCUACGUCGUGGGCGCCUUCUUCACCGUCCUGUUCCCGCUCCUGAGCUGGCGCUUCGACCGGCGCCUCAUCUUCUUCGUCCUCGCCCCGCCCCUCCUGAUGGCCGGAUACAUCCUCUUCCUGGCCAGCACGUCCCCCCACGUGCGCUACGGCGCCACCUUUCUCAUCGCCAGCGGCGCCUUCAGCUUCGGCCCCCUGUGCAACGCCCACGUCUCCAACAACGUCGUCUCCGACACCGCCCGCUCCUCGGCCCUCGCCACAAACGUCACCCUCGGCGCCAUCGGCGGGCUGAUCUCCACCUGGUCGUUUCUGCCUUUCGAUGCCCCAAACUACCGUAUCGGAAAUGGAUUGAAUCUGGCUACCUCGACCGUGACCCUUCUCGUCGCCGCGCUGAUGUGGUGGUGGAUGCGCGGGGAUAAUCGGCGUCGAGAGACGGUGGAUCUGGAUCGUGCGUUGGGCGGGAUGACCCAGAAUCAGAUCCAGGAUCUGGACUGGAGGAAUCCGGCCUUUCAGUGGCGGAUAUAGAAUAGAUAG